CAUGUUUACUAGGCUGCACGUCACUGUGUGACCACAAAUUAAUUAUUCAUAUUCAUCACACGAUCUCUCUGAUCCUGUGAAGACAUCAAAACAAAACAAGGAAAAGACCUGAUUAAAAGAAACUGAAAAUCCAGGCCACGCUUUAGAAAAGAACGUCUGGUCAAGUUUCUAUGUGAAACUCACGCAGGGCGUGCACACCCACUAGAGAAACAGUUGAAAUUUGCAUGUCAGUUUGUGUACAACCGAAAAUGUCUGAACUAGUGACAAAAGACGCGAUUAAGAAACUAGACGCAAAACUAGAAUGCUUGAUUUGCCUCGACACUUACAAACAACCGAAACUCUUGCCAUGCUAUCACGUAUUUUGCAAGUCACCAUGUCUGGAGAAACUAGUGACCAAGGAUGGACGCUCCCUCACUUGUCCCACCUGUCGACACAUUGUCCCACUGUCAGAAAAGGGAGUGGCUGGACUACAAUCAGAUUUCCACAUCGACCACUUGUUUGAGAUACGAGAUGCUUUUGGUAAAGUUGCAGAAUUGAGUAAGACACAAUGUGGCAAUUGUGAGGAGGGGAAAGCAACCGGAUACUGCCGAGAUUGUGAAGACUUACUAUGCAAUAAUUGCCAAGCAGCCCAUCAAGCGCUGAAGCUGACAAGGUUUCAUCAUAUAGUGAGCCUUCAGGAAUUCCAGGAAGAAGCCACGAAAGUCAUCACAGCCAAGAAAGCGAUACUCACUUGCAGCAAACAUUGCAAAAAUGAACUCAAGAUUUACUGUGAAACUUGCAAGGAUCUUAUCUGUACCGAUUGCACUAUCCGGCUACAUAAAGACCACAAUUACGACCUAGUUGCUGACGUGUUUCCUAAACACAAGGAAGAACUUGUCUCAGGUAUCACACCUGUCAAAGAAAAGCUAGGCAAAGUCCAACAAGCACUGAAGGUAUUCGAUACCCUUGCAAAAAAUACUCAUGAUCAAAGAGCCAUCCUUGAAGCCAACAUACACAGAGAGAUUGAUGAACAACACCGACUGUUAGAUCAACGAAGGACGGAGCUUGUGGGAGAGCUGGAUUUGUUGACUCAGCAGAAGCUAAAAGACCUGGCCGCACAAAGGGACCAGGUGGAGAUCACUCAGGUGAAACUAGCCAGCUGUCUCGAGUAUGCUGAAGGGGCGCUUGAAACAGGCACAGAAUGCGAAGUGCUGAAAAUAAAAACUCCUGUACUCAAGAGACUUGAACAGAUAUCAACUGAAUUCAAACUCGACGCCAUUCAACAAGAAAAAGAGAUUACAAUGAAGUUGACUACAUUUGAAAAAGAACCCUUAAAACAGUCAUUAAAAAUGCAUGAUGAUGAUGAGGUGAUCGACAGUUGCAGUCUAAAAGGGGAAAACAUAACCAGUGUACGAGUAAAACAGGCAGUGAAAUUGGAACUUCAUCUCAAGAGACCACAUCAAAACGUUGAGGUAGUUGCAGCAGUCACCCAGACCCCGAUCAAAUGCGAGAUUAUCAGGAGAGAUAACAAGUACGAAAUCACUUACACACCCAUAAACAGAGGUAAACACGAAAUGAACCUGACCAUCAAUGGCAAACACGUUCAAGGUAGUCCAUUUACUGUGGUAGCCAUGUCUCAGCCGCACACACUGAGAGCACCAAGCAGAAUGAUUAGCAAUUUGGACAAACCCUGGGGUGUCGUUGUCAAUAGCAACAGUCAUGUGAUUGUUGCCGAGCGUGGCAGUGGACAAAUACUAGUCUAUGACGAUGAUUUUAAACAGAUUCAAGUAUUUGAUUCACAAGGCGAGGCUCCAGCGGGAGUGGCUGUUGACAAAUAUGAUAAUAUCUACAUAAGUGAUCGAGAUGAUCACAAAAUUAGAAAAUUUACCGUCAAUGGAGAUUUUCUCAAAGAAGCUGGGACUAAAGGUGAUCAGAGGCUUCAGUUCAACACACCAACUGGAAUAGGCUACAACAAGACCAACGACAAGAUAUAUGUUGGUGACCAGUAUAACAAUCGAAUUCAAGUAUUAAACCCAGACCUUACGUUCCACAGUAUUAUCAGCAUUAAUGACUUCAAUCAUCCUCUUGAUGUUUCAUUCGACCGUAUCGGCAAUACGUACGUAGCUAACUUUGGCAGUCACAAUGUGAAGGUAUUCCAAAGUAAUGGAAAGUUGCUGAGAACAUUUGGUACAUACGGCAGUGGUCCUGGACAAUUAACUAACCCAGCCGCUUUAGCUGUGAGCAAUACAGACACAGUGUAUGUUGUUGAGAUGUACGGACAUCGUAUCUCGGUAUUUAAAACAAAUGGAGAGUUUAUUUGUUCUUUCGCCAAAAAUGGGAAAGAAGAAGGAGAAGUCUAUCGUCCAGCUGGAAUAGAUAUUGACAGUCACGGAAACAUCGUAGUUGCAGAUCGAGACAACGAACGACUUCAAGUAUUUUAAUUUUGCCAUAAACUUAUUACAGUAACUUAUGUACAUAGAGUGUAAAUUUAUCACUUUUGUUUGUACAUGUAUAAUUAUAUACGUGUACAUAAUUAUAUUCACAAGUUUGGAUCAGCAGUUCAUCACAGAAA